AUGUAGAUUUAUAGUAAUUUAUAAGUGUUAGUUGAGUACAAUGUAUACAGGGAAGUUGUUUUUUCUUGAGUUUUAUUUGGGUUGAAUAUAUGCCUGCUAUAACUAAUUUUAUGAUAUAUAAUUAAGGGUGUGAAAUUGAGAUUAUUAUGAGUUUAUGUGAAUGCAUUAAUACAGAAGAAAACCAAAAUAUUUUAAAAUCAAGUAAAGUUGUAGUUAUGGAAACUUGCAAAUCAGAAUCAGAUGAGGAUCUUAUUGAUUGUCACUCAAAGGAAAGAAACAAUGUAUUAUGUAACAAGCAUGAAAUUAAAUGCACUAACUCUGAGGAGGAUAAUAAGGAAGAAACAAUACCAAAUGAUAAUAUAAAUAAAAUAGAAGAAACAAAAGAUUGUCAUUUAAAAUCAAGUGAUGAAAUUUUGGAAAAAAUUUUUAUUGUUAAUGAUAAUGUAAAUGAAGUAUCUAUAGACAAAAGCGUUGAUGAAAAUUUUGAAUACUGUUCUGAACCAAAACCUUCAUGUAAUAAAGAAGAAAGAAAUUUAUUUAUUGAAAAUAAUCCAACUAUUGUAAAACAAAAUGAUACAUACCAUUUAAAGUGGUUUGAUUGGAAAGGCGAACAGACUCCAGUUGUCACACAGAAUGAAAAUGGACCCUGUCCAUUAAUAGCCAUUGGCAAUGUUUUAGUUUUAGCAAGAAAAAUUACUAUUCCAAAGAUGCAACAAUUUAUUACAGCUAAGCAGUUGAUUGAGCACAUAGGAGAUUGCAUUCUUGCAGAAUUUCCAAAGUUUAAUGAAAGUGAAGAGGUACAAUUGAAUCAUGCACAAAAUUUGGAAGAUGCUAUAGAUAUUUUGCACAAGUUGCAGAAUGGUAUUGAUGUCAAUGUAAAGUUCGGAGGAGUCACAGAUUUCGAGUUUACUCGAGAGUGCAUUGUUUUUGAUUUGCUUCGAAUUGGUCUUUAUCAUGGUUGGUUAGUUGAACCUCAAGAUGAAGUUACAUUAAAAGCAGUAAAUGGCUUCAGUUAUAAUCAACUCAUAGACAAAAUUAUUAGCAAAAGUGAUGACAGUGAAAGUCUAGCCGAAAGUAUUGCAAUAGAGGAUUUUCUUUCUCGAACUGCAAGUCAACUUACUUACCAUGGUCUUUGUGAAUUAAAUUUAACUAUAAAAGAAGAGGAGCUGUGUGUUUUGUUUAGGAAUAAUCAUUUUUCAACAUUAUAUAAACACAAAGGUGAAUUAUUUAUACUAGUAACAGACCAGGGGUUUCUUACUGAACCAGCUGUUAUUUGGGAGACCUUUAGUAAUAUAGAAGGUGAUGGUCAGUUUGUGAACUCAGAGUUUAAAUCAGUAGUUUUUGAAAGUGAUAAACAAACAUCAAAAAGCAUGUCUCCUACACUUUCAAAACGACAGUCUCUAUGCCAAGAAGACCGCGAUUAUUUAAUAGCAUUGCAGAUGCAGCACGAUGAACAAGGUCUGUAUUCGAGAAGCCCUUCUAAUGACUAUAGCGAUUCUGAUCGCGCCUUAGCAGCUAGCUUGCAGACGCAAGAGAAUGAGCUUGCAUCAUACCCUCAACAGCAUUCUUAUCAGAAUCCUCAGGAAAAUUUAAGUCAAUCCCAGAAUCGCACUGAAGCUUCGAGGAACAAUGACACUCAACAAGGAAAAAACAAGUGCUGUAUUUUGUAAUCUUUUUCCGUAGAUUUUUAUCCGUUUUGGUGCAGAAUAUUAUCCAAAUCUUCGCAAUUAUUAAAUAAAAUGUCCUUUUUGCGUUUUUGCUCUAAUACACUAGUUACGUUUGUGAAACAAUUUUAAUGAACUUAAUUAGUGUAAAAAAUAAUCGAUCGUGUUUCUAAACUAAUUCAUUAGACGUUUUGGUGCGUUUUUGCUAACUGAAUAAUGGUUUUAAUAUGUUACGUUAAAUUUAGCAGGAGAUUUUGAAGUUACAGAAAUGAUUGGAUUGAAUGCGACUUGUGAGCGAGAUUAAAACUUUUCAAUAACUUUAAAACCACACAUACCUUUAGAACAAUUUAAAGUGUUAAAAAAAGAAGUAGAAAAUAAAAUUUUCUAAUCUACUUUUUUUUUUUUUUUUUUUUUUUUUUUUUUUUUUUUUUUUUGUAAUAGGUAAAAUGCUUUACUCGAUAAUUUGUAUGAUGAAAUUUUAUAAAAACUGUUUCAUGUAAAAGCUUUUAACAGAAAUAAAAGUUGUGUGUGGUUUUUA